AUGCCUUUCAACGAGAGUAAGAUCGAGAUCGCUGCCCCACCUGCCAAGGUGCGAGAGAUUCUGCUUGAUUUCUCAACCUACCCAGAAUGGCACACGGAGUGGAUCAAGGGCAUUGAAGUCCAGGAGACCGAGAAGACCGGCUCCUCUCUCGCAACAGAAGACAAGAUCCAAGUUAACAUCGAGGGAUUCAAGUUUGUCGCAAAAGUGCUUGAAAAUACCGAGAGCUUGUUCUCGUGGCAAGGCCCGCCAGUCUUCACCAUUGCCGGCUUGCAUAAAUUCCACAUUCAGCCUACAGAGGACGGCACAGGAACCAUUUUCACUCAGUCAGAGACAUCGAAGGGAUUCCUAUCGUUCCUUUUCAGCCCAUCAGUGUUUGGCAAAAAGAUGCAGGCUGACUAUGAAGUCUUCAACAGGGAUUUGAAAGCCCGUGCAGAGGCUUUGCGCUAA